CGUUGAACAGUACCGAUCGUUGUUAUGCAGUGACUAAGUACGAGUUGUUUCUUCUCCUUAUUUUAUCGAAAAUGUGAAAUAGUGAAGACAAGAAGAAACUAGAAAUCGGUAACAAUGGUGCAUCCUUGGGAAACAGUGCUCAUUGGGAUCCUUCUGUUGCUUCGUACAGGAUUAUCAGAAUUGACAGCGGCAGACAUAAAGCAAAUAAAGGAAGCUCCUGAACUGAUCAAAAACGAAGGUGACCCCUUGAAGAUCGAAUGCUAUGGUUCCGAAAGAACUUCUUUUAUUUAUCCUAACGUUACAACUAUAUCGCUCUCCGUCUCCGAAGCCUUUCUCCAAGAACACUACGAAAAUGACAUUCAUAAAUACAUUUUUGAACGACCUGAAACUGUUUAUGGAGAUACAGGUCUCUAUGGUUGUCCAAAUCAUUUUCUUAAGGUCACCUCAGAUCCUGAAUUCAAAGAACAGACAAGCUAUGUGUACAUUUAUUUCCAAUCUAAUACAAGUUUGUUCGUAGAAGCGAAUACUUUUUCUUCGCUGCGCAAAAUUAUUGGCGAGACCGUCAUUAUACCAUGUAGACCAACAUCGCCUAAUUAUACGGUCACCCUAGAUACCGGUGAAACGGUUAUCGACUCGAACAGAUUAUCUUUCAAUCCAAGGAUUGGAUAUAUCCUGAGCAAUCUUGCAAUUAAGGAUAGUGGAUACUUCAAAUGCGAAAUCAAAUAUGGUGAUAUGAUUGGAGAGGACAAUUAUCAUUUAUUAGUGGAUCGACAUCAAAAAUUGAACCAGCCGAAAAUACAUGAAAAUACUUUGGGUUAUGUGACACGGGGUCAAACUCUACACGUGAACUGCACGACAGAAGUAAAUGCAGAUUUGCAGUAUGUUUUCAAUUGGACGACACCUCAACAGAGCAGUAGAAUAACUUCUCGUUACUACAGUAAAAUCUAUGGUAUCAAUAUUCGACAAGCCACUAAUGAAUUAAUUAUACAAGAUGUGAGGGAUGAGGAUGAAGGCUGGUAUGAAUGCAUUAUCAUAUCCCCUCAUGAUUCUAAGCAAACGAAGAAGUAUAUCAAAGUUCAUGAUCCAGACUAUAAAUUCAUCAAUCUAACAGCUCAAGAUCCUGAAAGAUAUUAUCAACAUCAGGAAGGUGAUAAAAUACAAUGGGUUGUUUAUGUACAUGGAUAUCCUGAACCUACUCUUAAAUGGUUGGAUCCAAGGGGAGAGGAAAUCGUAGAUAAAAUGAACAAUUACGCGAUAAGUUACAGCCCUACUCAAACGAUUUUAAAAAUCAAUAAUUUGAAAAUCGCUAACAUGGGAGUUUAUUCCCUUCAAGCUACGAAUGGAGAUAAAAACGAAAUGUUAAAUUUCACUUUGGAAGUGAUUGUUAAACCUUUAGUGAUGUUAGAAGAAUCUCGUUACUAUGCUUUGAAUCAGAAAGCUGAAAUACUUUGCGAUGUAGUAGCAUUUCCACAACCUGAAAUUUCAUGGAACUUUGUAAAAUGUCCUCACUAUCCACAUUGUGAUACUAUAAAUGAAGACAUAGUAAGUACCGAGGGGGUGGUAUCAGAUACCAGAAUUCUCUCAAAAGUGAAAAUGACCUUCGAGAUGACUGGCCAACUAAAAUGUACCGCAUGCAACGUUCUCGGAUGUGAAUCGAGCACUCAAACUGCUUUAGUCUCUGAUGGAAGAGGUGGGUUCGGUAUAGUCGAACCAACAGAAUUAGUAACCGAAGGUGACAAUUUAGAGCUAAUUUGUGCUGCUUCGAUUUACAAUUAUUCGGAUACAUUUGACUGGAGAUACGGCAAUGAUUCGCGCAUUGUAGAAAAUAACAGAUUAACGAUCGUUCAUAGUAAAACUCAAUUUACUUAUCGUUCAAUUUUGAAGAUAAUGAACGUUACUAAAGGAGAUUCAACGAACUACUCGUGCCGAAAUAGAGAAGAAAUGAGUUACUUUCUGGAAGUUCAUGAUGCACAAGCACCCUUUUUCAAAGAAACUAAUAUGAACAGAAAUGAACUUACGAUAGAUUUAAAUACGCAGGCACAUAAAACGGUGAUUCUGAAAUGUUUUGUGAAUGGGAUGCCAAAACCAAAUAUCACUUGGUAUAAGGAUGACACUUUAAUAAGAAGAAACGACCAAUACAUGUUUCUCUUUCAACAUCAAGAGCUUCAUAUUAAAUAUCUGUUAGGAUCGGACAGUGGAAAAUAUUCAUGUAAAGUAGAGAAUCGUAUAGGAAAAAUUGAAGCCUCUCAACAAAUAACGAUAAAAGGAAAAGUGAUCCCCAAGGAACUAAUUGCAUUGAUUGCCAUCUUAGUAAUCAUUGUUGUGGUUCUAGUAAUUUAUUUCACCAUCAAGGUUCGUCGUGAAAAGAUAAUGAGGAAAGAAUUAAUGGAAGCUGGACUAAUGCAUUUUGAAGAAGGAGCAAUAGAAUGCUUGAAUCCAGAUUUGACUGUUGAUGAUCAAGCUGAGUUGCUCCCUUAUGAUAAGAAAUGGGAAUUUCCUAGAGAUAGAUUGAAAUUAGGAAAAAAAUUGGGAAGUGGAGCAUUCGGAGUUGUAAUGAAAGCAGAAGCACAAGGAAUUUGUGAACACGAAACGGUAACAACUGUUGCUGUAAAAAUGGUUCGACGAACAACCGAUCCCACGUAUGUCAGAGCACUUGCUAGUGAAUUGAAAAUUAUGGUGCAUCUAGGAAAACAUUUGAAUGUUGUUAAUCUUCUCGGAGCGUGCACGAAAAAUAUCUCCAAACGUGAAUUGCUGGUGAUCGUCGAAUACUGUCGAUUUGGAAAUUUGCAUAACUAUCUGUUCAGACACAGAACUAAUUUUAUUAAUCAAAUCGAUCCAGCAACAGGGAAGAUUGAUCCCAACAUCGGUCUAGAUAUUUUAACGAGAUCUGCCAGCAUUGGAAGUAACAACAGGAUAAAAUACGCGGUAUUGUCAUUUUCCCGCAGUCUUAGCGCCAAUUCUGGCACCGACACGGUGCACUAUCAAGCUACUGCUACUAUGGAUUCUCAAGGGGUUAGCAUGUCCCCGGAUGGUUGUGUUCUCAGUACCGAGUCCUCACAGCCAGGGUGGAGAUCCAACUAUCGUGGUGAUUAUAAGGAACACAAUUUGAAACCCAUUUGUACCCAAGAUUUGUUGUCUUGGGCGUUUCAAGUUGCACGAGGAAUGGAGUACCUUAGUCAGAGAAAAGUAUUGCAUGGUGAUUUAGCAGCAAGGAAUAUAUUAUUGGCAGAGAACAAUGUGGUAAAAAUAUGUGACUUUGGUCUCGCAAAAACUAUGUACAAGGAUGAUAAUUACAAAAAGAAAGGGGACGGGCCAUUACCCAUAAAAUGGAUGGCCAUCGAAUCGAUAAGAGAUCGAAUUUUCUCAACUCAGUCGGAUAUCUGGUCGUUCGGUAUUGUUCUAUGGGAAUUUUUCACAUUAGCCGAAACACCGUAUCCUGGAAUGGAAGCUGAAAAACAGUAUCAGAAGCUGAUAGAAGGUUAUAGGAUGGAACAGCCGGAGUACGCUACUCCCGAAAUAUAUAAUAUAAUGCUCCAGUGUUGGAAGGCUAAACCUACUUUACGACCAAGUUUCACAGAGUUAGUUCAGAGUAUAGGUGAUCUCUUGGAAGAUAGCAUAAAAUCGCACUACAUUAGUCUAAAUGCUCCUUAUCUGGACAUGAACACAAUGCUAUUGGAAGCCGGCAAGAACGACUAUUUAACUAUGCUGUCUGCGCCUGACCACACGACUCUCUCUUCACCGACUCACGAGUACGCGAAUUCGCCCUUGACUUCGCCCGCGUCCACCUACCUGUGUAUGAGUCCAACCAGUCCAAAGGACGAGUCCGGAAUAUUCAGUCCCAGACCACAAGAAGAACGAUUACGUUUCGAGUUCCCAUCUCCAACUUCAGACUCCGAAGAUGCAGUAGAGUUGUCGCCGAUGCUGAAGAAGCAAGAAGACGAUGAUCCAUAUUUGAAACCCAUCAAUGUGCAUGAACGAAGAGCAGAGUUCGCUCGUCAGAGGCAAGCCAUGAAAAAUCAAACAUCAGAUCAAUCAAUUGAUCGAGAUUCCGGUUACUGCAACGCUCCUAGAAAUGUUCAAUUGAUAGAUCUAAAUGAAAAGAACCAGAAACACUCGGAUGGGGUUGAAAAAAACUCGGACAGCAACUCGAAGAAGGAUUUCGUGCCAAACAUCCUGAGGACACAAGACAAUUAUGUGAAUAUGCCGAAACAGAAAAUUGAUUUGCGGAAGGACGUACCUGAUGGAUUCAGUAAUCCCAGUUAUGUUAUGAUUGACUCUCGGGAAACGAAUUAGAGGUGUUAACAGUUAUAAUAACCUGAAGAAGGAGACACUUUUAAUAUAUACAAAUAGUUGCGUUGGUGUGACUAGGUAGGAAACAGGGUGGGUCUGGUAACCUGAAGUGUAGAGGAGUUUUGUGAAAAAUUGUUGGAAUAAGUAUAAUUGGGUACGUGGUGGAAUUUUGUAAGGAAAAUGACAAUGUACGGUGAGAAGUUUAUACUCGUUAGGUACAUAUGAUGCUCAAGGGUUAUCAAGUAUUGCGUUUAAUUUACAUUAGUCAUGCAGAUUUCUUUUGUUAUGAUUUGAAGAUUUGGCGAUUUGAGAACUUGGAAGUUUGAAAGUUCAGGCAUUGGUGAAGUUGGAAAUUUGGGGAUU